AUGACUUCAACGGAUCCUCUCCCCAUUCGCCGACUGCAAGAGUCACUCAUCAAUCGUAUUGCCGCUGGUGAAAUUAUACACAGGCCGGCCUCAGCAUUGAAAGAGCUUGUGGAAAACUGUCUGGAUGCUGGCGCGUCCACUAUUCGCGUCACCGUGAAAGAGGGUGGUUUGAAACUUCUUCAAAUUCAAGACAAUGGCUGUGGCAUUCGUAAAGCUGACCUGCCUAUCCUGGCGGAACGAUUCACGACCUCGAAGAUUUCGACGUUCUCAGAUUUGUCCAAGAUAGCAACGUAUGGAUUCCGCGGAGAAGCGCUUGCGUCCAUGUCCCAUGUUGCGCGAUUGUCGGUGAUCACCAAGACGAAAAGCGAGACGUGUGCAUGGAAGGCACACUACCUUGAUGGCGUUCUUGUUGAAGGGAAAACAGGGCAGACAGCAGAACCAAAGCCGUGCGCUGGUAAUGACGGGACCACCAUUAUAAUCGAGGACCUCUUUUACAACACGCCUACGCGUUUGGCAGCGCUCCGCAGCGCGUCAGAGGAGCACGCACGCAUUCUGGACGUGAUAACCAAGUAUGCGGUCCAUAAUCCCACAGUGUCUUUUGUGUGCAAGAAGGCUGGUUCGGCGGGACCUGAUCUUUCAAUACCGACAUCUUCAGAGACAGCUCAGACUAUCCGCCACGUAUAUGGACACUCAAUAGCAAAAGACUUGCUGCACGCCAAGUUUGGCCCUAAAAACCUCGACGAAGACACUGACGAUGUCGACAUGGAUGCUGAUUAUAGCAGGCCAGAAUCAUGGUUAGCUGAAACUCACUUCACGAAUCCCAAUUACCAUUCGAAGAAAAUGGUCUUCCUCCUCUUUAUCAAUCAUCGACUCGUUGAAUCCCUCCGAAUGAAGCGAGCAUUAGAAAAUGUCUACAGCGGCAUUCUUCCGAAAGGCUCGUCUCCCUUCAUAUACCUCAGUCUGCAGAUAAACCCGCGGGAUGUCGAUGUCAAUGUUCAUCCGACCAAGAAAGAAGUCCAUUUCUUGAACGAAGAGGAAAUUACGGACCAGAUCGCAAGUCAGAUGCAAAGGGCGUUGGCGGCUCAGAGUCAAUCAAGAGUAUUUGAGUAUCAGACACUACUGACAGGCGGAAUUGCAGAACCAGAAACUAAGAAACGUAAGGGGAAGGAACGAGCUCGGGAUGAUGACGAGGAUGUUGAGGAUGAGAACGAGGAAAAGACAAGACCGUCCCCAUUGAAGAAGACAGCUUCUCAAUACAAAGUCAGGACAUCCCUACAAGAUCGCACGCUUGAAUCGAUGUUUCCCGUCCUGAACCCAACUCAAAUGCAAAAUGGCGAAUCCUCCACAUCCACUGCCAGAGUGAAGCAACCGCGGGAGGUCCAGGAGUCAGACUGCAUCUUGACUUCCGUGAAAACCUUGCGGCAAUCGGUAGUCAAGGGUAAACAUAAACAGCUUUCAGAAAUUCUGGAAAAGCACACUUUUGUGGGCAUCGUCGAUUCCUACAGGUGUCUGUCGUUGAUUCAAUAUGCGACCAAGUUGUACCUUGUCAAUCAUGGGUCUCUUGCCGAAGAGUUAUUUUAUCAACUGGGACUCCGACAAUUCGGUAACUUCAGUCGUCUGAAACUCCAACCCCCGCCCUCCAUCCACAAGUUAAUUGAAAUCGCUGUCGAGCUGGAAGAGACGACAGAGGAGAGCGGACUGUCCAAGCCCGAAAUCGUAGAGCGAAUCACCGAGACACUUAUUUCCCGCAGAGAAAUGCUUUCCGAGUAUUUCUCCAUGCAGAUAACCUCCUCGGGGCAACUCGAAAGCCUCCCACUCAUCCUUCGGGAGUACACGCCCAAUCUUGAUAAGCUGCCCGCCCUGCUUAUGCGGCUGGGUCCGCAGGUCAACUGGUCCACUGAAAAGGACUGUUUCGAGACUUUUCUCCGCGAGUUGGCAUAUUUCUACGUGCCUGGACCACUCUGCCGAGAUGAUAGCUCAAUGAUAGACGAAGCGGGGCAAGCACAGGACAAGGCAGAGCGCUGGCAGAUUCAGCACAUACUCUUUCCUGCACUCAGACGAUAUUUUGCUGCACCGAAGAGUUUGCUGGAUCGGGAUGUUGUCCAGAUUGCAAAUCGGAACAGGGCAAAGCCUGAGUACGGCAAGCCGCUCCGACGACCAUUGGUAUCUUGCUUGGCCUCAGUCACGUGGCUACAUUUCGAGUUCAAAGUUGCUGGUUCUAUGAGCGUCCCAAAUAUCAGCAAGUUAACCACUCCUUUGUUUAUUGGCACGGUUUUGAACUGGGCAUUGCUCGGGACGCUCGUUGUUCAAGUUUUCAUUUAUUACCAUGCUUUCCCAAAAGACGCGCGAUCCACCAAGCUUAUUGUCGCCUUCGUGUUUCUUCUGGAUCUCCUCCAAACGUUCGGAGACACAAGCGACUCGAUGGUCUCUCUUGCUAUCCACUGGGGCCAGCCAUACAUUCUGGAUGAAGUCCGAAUGGCUUGGUUCAGUGUCCCCGUAUUGGGCUCUCUGAUUGCGAGUGUUUGUCAGCUCUUCUUUGCCCGUCGCAUUCGCGUUCUUUCUCGCCGGCUCCUUGUCCCUGUCAUAAUUUGCCUUGUCACUGCGGUUCAGUUAGCUUUUGGAAUUUGGUCUGGUGUCCAAAUCGCCCGGGCUGGUCGUUUUUCGCGUCUUGUUUUUAACUACUUGCAACCACCUGUUGUUUGGCUCAGUGCGACAGCCCUCUCUGAUCUCACAAUUGUCGUUGGGACGACAUACUAUCUCCGCAAAAUGAAGCCUGAACCGGGCUUCAACCGCAGGCUUGAUGCAAGCAUUUCGCGUGUAAUCAAGACAAGCGUUGAAACGGGCCUGCUCUGUGCUAUCGCGGCCGCAAUCGUCCUUGCUCUAUUUGUGUCAUUCGACGGAAAUCAAUACCACCUGAGUGUCUGUCUUUGGCUUACCAAAGUAUACACGAACAGCAUCAUGGUGAUCCUGAACUCUCGGGCGGAGAUUGUCCAUGGUUUGGAUAACCGCACCACCCUUCCUCUCACUGUGUCAACGGGACAACGAGCGAGCCGUGCCACAAGUGCGUCAACGAGAGCAGUGGAGACGAGAGUAUCGGAAUAUUCGGUUGACACGCUGGCACCUCCUACAGUCGAGGAUAAAGCAGAGUUGGUAUAG